CUGGGGAUGUGCCCACAACCAAGAUCAUGUCGGAGGUGUGGUACCUGGAGACAGCUAACUACGCCAUCUGUGAAGAGAUCAUCCUGCAGGUGGCAUCCUGGCCAAGAAAUACACAGCAGACUGCAGCUGUUGUGGACACCAUCCUCAACCUCAUCUGCAUCGCAGGUUAUUGAAUCUUUGGGUAUUAUUAUUUAUAAAGCACUGGACUAUGGUUUGAAGGAGAAUGAAGAAAGAGAAUUAAGUCCUCCCCUGGAGCAACUCAUCGAUCACAUGGCCAACACGGUCGAAGCAGAUGGUAGCAAUGAUGAGGGUUAUGAGGCUGCAGAUGAAGGUCUGGAAGAUGAAGAAGAUGAAAAGAGAAAAAUUUCAGCUAUCCGGUCAUAUAGAGAUGUCAUGAAGUUAUGUGCUGCUCAUCUCCCAACUGAAUCAGAGGCACCAAAUCAUUAUCAGGCAGUAUGUCGUGCACUGUUUGCAGAAACAAUGGAACUGCAUACAUUUCUGAGUAAAAUUAAAAGUGCAAAGGAGAAUCUUAAGAAGAUUCAAGAAAUGGAGAAGAGCAAUGAAUCAAACACAGAACUGGAGGAGCUGAAAAACGCUGACUGGGCUCGAUUCUGGGUACAGGUGAUGAGGGAUUUGCGGAAUGGAGUAAAACUUAAAAAGGUCCAAGAGCGGCAGUACAACCCUUUGCCCAUUGAAUAUCAACUCACCCCUUAUGAGAUGCUAAUGGAUGACAUUAGAUCCAAAAGAUACACUUUGCGAAAAGUGAUGGUGAAUGGUGAUAUUCCUCCUCGGUUAAAAAAAAGUGCUCAUGAAAUCAUUCUCGACUUCAUCAGAUCAAGACCUCCUUUAAAUCCAGCCUCAGCCAGAAAACUAAAACCCACUCCACCACGGCCACGGAGCCUCCAUGAAAGAAUACUAGAAGAAAUCAAAGCAGAAAGAAAGCUGCGGCCUGUCUCCCCAGAAGAGAUUAGACGUAGCAGAUUAGAUGUAACUACCCCUGAAUCUCCAAAGAGCACUGCGGAAUCAUCAGUGGUGAAUGGAGGUUUAACAUCACAAAGAAAAGAAAAUGGGCUAAAUGCUGCGCAGCAGGUGCCUGUGCAGCGGAAGAGGCUCCUGAAAGCUCCGACUCUGUCUGAACUGGACAGCUCUGACUCCGAGGAAGAGACUCUGCACAAGUCAGCCAGCAGCAGCAGUGUGUCUCCCUCCUUCCUUGAAGAUCCAUUCCUGGAGGCUGUGUCCACAAGGAAGACACCUCCGAAAUUCUUGCCCAUAUCAUCAACCCCCCAGCCAGAGAGACGGCAGCCUCCCCAGAGACGGCAUUCCAUUGAAAAGGAAACGCCCACCAACGUGAGACAGUUUCUGCCACCGUCCAAGCAGAGCUCCCGGUCUCUUGUUCCUAGGAUAACCAGUGUAUGGCCGUGGACGCCUUUCCGACCACUUUUUUCUACCAUACAAACAGCUUCUCUGCUCAGCUCUCAUCCUUUUGAAGCAGCCAUGUUUGGGGUAGCAGGGGCUAUGUAUUAUCUAUGUGAGAGAGCUCUUACCAGCAGGUGGAAAUCCUCAAAGGAGGAAUUCUGCUACCCAGUGGAAUGCCUAGCUCUUACUGUGGAGGAGGUGAUGCAUAUUCGUCAGGUCCUGGUGAAGGCAGAGCUGGAAAAAUACCAACAAUAUAAAGAUGUCUACACUGCCCUGAAAAAAGGAAAGCUUUGCUUUUGUUGCCGAACCAGGAGAUUUUCCUUCUUCACCUGGUCUUAUACCUGUCAGUUCUGUAAGAGGCCCGUGUGCUCACAGUGUUGCAAAAAGAUGCGGCUGCCAUCCAAGCCAUACUCUACUCUUCCAAUCUUUUCAUUGGGACCUUCUGCCUCGCAAAGAGGGGAAAGUUCUGUGAGGCCAGAAAAACCCUCCACCAGCCACCAGCGGCCACUUCGGAGCAUUGCCAGGUUCUCCUCAAAAUCUAAGUCUGUGGACAAAUCAGAUGAAGAACUACAGUUUCCCAAAGAGUUAAUGGAGGACUGGAGUACUAUGGAGGUGUGUGUAGACUGCAAAAAGUUUAUUUCGGAAAUCAUCAGUUCAAGUCGGCGUAGCCUGGUGUUGGCCAACAAAAGAGCCCGAUUAAAAAGGAAAACACAGUCUUUCUAUAUGUCCUCACCAGGCCCCUCAGAGUACUGCCCUUCAGAGAGGACUAUCAAUGAAAUCUGAGCCCUGUGCCUUUCAGUUGCUUUUGUGUUCAGUGUCGGCGCUAGCACGGGAGAACACUGAGCUGGACUGUCUCUCCUUGCCUGUGGGCUUUAGUUAAUAGGCUUGAUUUGCAUUAGAUCAAGUUUUUGCUGCAUCACAUUGUUCCACAGACUGAAUGCUGUGUUCAUAUCAAUUGAUGAUAUGUGACAGGUCAGCCAAUUGCUCGUUUGCACUGAGAGGACAAUAAUUUGAAACUUGCUUUUGUGUGUGUGUGUGUAGAUUUGGAGGCUAGAAACUUUUUCCUUAGUUCAGUUCCUUACUGUUCCUCAUAUAAUUUUCUGACUAAGGUAAAAAUCUUCUCAUGUGAGAAAUCAGCCUAACAAAGGUGUCGAUGUUAGCACAGUUCUAAGCAGUAAGUCAUAUUGGCACUUCCACCUGACAGUGUUCCUAUCUAAUGUACAUAGUGACCGGAGCCCUGCCGCUCACCACAUGUGUGGGGGUGGGGCCCGCUACUUAGCAUCUCACAGCACAAAGCCUAGAAGGAUUUGCUCCUACUGUCACACUGAUUUUAAAUUAUUGCUGCUCUGAGAUAAAGACUGCAGGAGGGACUUCAUGCCUACAUUUUAGUGCAAAACAUCUGAAUCAGCUGUCCACCCGAGGGGAUGGCCAUUUCCUCUGAGCUGCUGUGUUUGCCCCAAUGCAAUGGACCAGUGUCUCUUGGAGUGCGUGACAGGUUUUCAUUCCCUAUCUUACAUGUACUGUGGUUACUUGUAGUUUUAUAUUGGAGACCUAGGAGUUAAAGUUUUGUAGGACAAGAAGACUAAACGUUUGUCAACAAGUUAACUAUAAAAAGGGUUGUAACAGCAUAGGGUGCCAGCUAUCGGCCACACUGGGAAUGAGCUGGAGCUCAUGCAUUUUCAACUCUGUUUUCCAUAGCUUUAUAGUCUAGGCACCAUGACUAAAUCAAGCCACAAUUUGGUACCUAAGGUCUCAAACUAAAAUUUAUUUAUUUUUAUAAAUGAAGUUGAAAAAAACAACAACAUUGUCUAGUUCUUUUUAAAUUACAAGAUAACCUGCUGUUAGUCUUUUUGGAUGCUUUUUGCACAAGUUUUCCUUGUAAACAACUUGAGCAAGUGGGGUGGGCUUUUGAUGAAGGUAGGUUGGAGGACAACAUUGUAUACCUGAAAUUUCUCUUGUUUGGCCCAUACCAUGGACUAUACUUUAUGAUUUUGGUAUGCUUAGAAAUGACCAACCAAUCAAAUUGCCAUUAAUGUUUGAAAGUCAGUUAAUACACAUGCACAAUAAUUUCCUAAAAGCUGUAAGACACGUCUGUAGUCAACACUACGACAGCACCAUUUAAUAAAAGGCAUGGCAGUCACACUUCAUUCCACAUAAAAAUGUAGUAACAUUUCUAUAUUAAAUUAACAGUAAUACCUCAAAACUGCUCUGGUAGUAGUUCUUAAUGGAUUGAAGUUUACAAUUUAGUAAAUGGCUUAAAAUUACUUUUGAAAUAAAUUUUACCAGUUGACUAAAAUAAUGCAUGUUAACAGUUUGUCUGUAUUUGCAUGUAAAGUGGGCCACCAGAGAACCCUUACUGAUUUAUGCAAAUGUUUAAAUUAUUUUAAAGACUCUUGUCUAAGAGCUUUACACAUUAUAUUGGGUGAAUUUCAUUUAUAAAAUUUUCCAAGGGACUAUUUGAACUCUACCCCAGAUGGUCUGGUGGGAGCCACACCCUUUGAAGGCCUGAGCCUAGGCCUCUAAACGACUACCAGGAGAGGUGCCAGGCAGAGGGAGUGGUAUUUGAUAUGACCUGGGAUAGUGUGUCUUUUAACAGAAUGACACACUAUCCCAGGUUAUGUUGUUAGUUAAACAUAAGAAACCAAACCCCCAAAAUGAUCAUUUCGUUCACAAGGCAAAUACCUAGCACAUCAGAAUCUUUGACUUGACUUCUUCAUAUGGGCGGAUUUGGGCAUUAUGAUCACCUUAUACCAGAGCAUUGCAAUAUAAAUUCUUCAACAGCAUUAUUGCAUUAAAGAGGUUACAUGGAUGAUAUAUCUGCAUGAGACAAUUUGCAGAAAGCAGUGUAAGGAAACAGCACAUGAUAUAGUUAAAAUUACAGAAAUCAAAUUAGUAUCACUUUUUGUUGCCAAAAUAAUUUCUUGCAUUUAAUCCUUUCCUAUCCAUGACAUGUACCAAACACCUCCACUAAAUUAGGUAAUUUCCAGAGAGCAAUUCACCAACAGCUUGUAGAGUGUGGUCUUACAAUCCUUAGGCUGACCUUAGGUCUCUCUUCCUCCUCUUUCUACUAAAAUAACAUACUUUACAGUGUUCCUCUUUGUCCUGGUUUCCAGCUCUUUGGCAUUUACUUCUGAUCCAACAACAAUAAAACUGUUGUUGGCCAGCUGGUCUCACUUGGAGCCUGAUGUGUCUUAGAGCUUGGACGCACCCCUGAGCAGCCCUCCCUGCGCACAUCCCACCUCUAACUCUCACCCUGACCCCCUCCAGGCUCAAGCACCCACCCGCUGCUUUGGUCCCAGACCUCAUGAACUCACCCUGUUGGAAGAUCUUUGUUUUCUUCCCCAUGGCUUAACUGUCUACCAGUGUCAGAGUAGAUAAGAAUGUUUGUAAAUACUGUAAUAUAUUUAUUAAUAUUUGAAAGGCAUUCAUUCAGUGGACAAUGGAAAUUAACUCUCUCAAGACAAGUAAAAGUCAAAUAAUUGAUAUGUACAUCGACUUAACAGUCCUACUAGAGUUCGUCUUAAGCCUUUCAAAUUAAACCUGAAGGUUGUUAUGUAGAAAUGUAAAAAAUGAUCUUACAUUUGAAGAGAUUAUGUGAUUACCACCGUGAACUCAUACCAUGAAUUUUUUAAGGCUUUUAUUUUUCUAACUGUAUUAAUAAAUAGGACUGGAUUUUAGGUGUCACAUAGGAGACAUGAAAGUUUUAAAUUAUGUUGCUAUUUACUACAGCAAAAUAGCAGACAAUUUUGUACAUGCAAAACUGGAAGGGCCAUGGAGUAAUGUGUGUACUGACUGGGCCCGGACCCGGCUUCCUACAUGUAUGAAAGACAGUGUCGCUGGCGUUCAGGGUGACAUGGCAGUUCUAGAAGUUUUCCAUUAAAAGCUUUUAUUUUAAAAUUUAUCUGGGGAAAAAUAAAAUGACUUUCCAUCAUG